AUGCUGAAACACGUGCAGAUAUCGCCGAUGCGCAGCCGGUCCGACUCGCUGUCGAUGCGUUCGUCCACAUCCUGCGCCUCGUCGCUGUGCGGCAGCCCGGAACCUCCGAACGACCAGCUGCGAAGUCACUCGAGGGCAUCCAGCUACUCCAGCCUCAACGAGACCAUUCCCCAGACCACAAUUAAAAUCUACACCGCGUGCCUGCGCCAGGACAUCGAGUACAAAACGUUGGGCAUCUCGUACGACGCCACCAGCAAAGGAGUCGUCCAGCAGCUUCUCCGAAGGUGUAAGAUGCGCCACCGGGAUCCGAGGCUGUUCUAUCUCACGAUGGAGGUAACCGUACGCCGUCCGGGUGUGAAAUCGGUCCUAGAACUCGACGACGAAGCACGUCCGGCGUUGCUGCAAGCGUGCCACCCGAAGGGAGACUCACGAUUUUGUCUCCAACAGAGACCGGGAGGUCUUAUACGGGUUCACACCUCGGCCUUGCAGCCAAACUCUCAGUACAAAUCGCUGCUCAUCUCGGAGGAGACGACCUCGGACGAGCUGCUGUCGCUGCUGCUUUCCUGCUACAACUCCAUCGAACCGGUCGAGCAGUUCUCGCUGUACGAGGUGUGUCCCGGGCAGGAGUACCAGCGCAAGCUCCACCCGGACGAUCUUCCCCUGAAGACGCAGCUGCAGCGUCAGCAGAAGGGUGAAAUUAUGCAUUUUCUCGUGCGCCGCAAUCCCAACUAUCCACGCCGCCGCAGUGGCCAGCUGUUGGCAACGAUCGCCGAAACGAAACACUUCAUUCUAAACACCUCGCUCGACUCCUGCACCAACGGAGGUUCACUGCAGCAACCCGCGUCCCUCGCGCACCACAACAACCAUCUACAUCCGGCGCAGUUUGCCCACCAUCGGUUGUCGCUGCACUCGACCAGCUUCUCGCUCGGACCGGCCGGCACCCCGACCAACACCUUCAUCUCGGACAUUGUCGACGGGUUGUCCUCGCUGAACGAUCUUCCGGCGGAGACGAAGAGUCUUUGCUUGAAGGAGAGUUCAUUCGUCGGCUCCUACCCGGAGGUUUCGUUGGACGAUUCGACCGCGUCGACCGAUUCCGCCGAUUCGGCUGAAUCGUCCACUUCGUCGGCGUCCUCCUCCUCAUCGUGCUCGUCGUUUUCCUCCCUUUCGUCCGAUACAUCCUCUUCGUCAUCGUCGUCGAGUGAACCCGAGGUGGAAGCACGAAGAAACACACCUCAGAAAUCGGUAACCAACAACAACAACGACGUCACGAGUCCCUGCCACCAUGGCGCACCACCGGAAAUAAAAAGUAAAAACAGCGCACAACACCAGCAACCUCCACCGCGGCCAGCUAAAUCCUCCAGCGUGCAGUUGGUGGCAGCGUUGACCAACAGAGCGACCCUCCCUGCCUCGGCCCUCGCCUCACCGUCCUACAAUCCGGUGUACAACAUUCGCGAGAUCCGCACCGUGAGCCACUCGUUCUCUUCGCUCGGCAUCGACAAGAAGCUGGUGGACAUUCGUGCGUCACUCGGACCGGAAGCGACCCCUGGGACGUUGCGUAAGGCAUCCUCCACCAACGGCAGCGCACCGCCCGUCAACGAGAUGGUCAACACCGACCCGGCCAAGGGUGUCGGUAACUUUGUGUACAUCUAA